CUGGCGGGAACCUUCGGUUCCGCCUGUGCAGCCCCGGAGCGCGCGCCGCCAGGUGCACCGCAGCCCGCGGGCGUCGGCAGGAGGCCGCUUUUCCCGGUAGCCGAGCACCAUGUCGUCCCCCGCAUCGACCCCGAGCCGCCGCGGCAGCCGCCGCGGACGGGCCACCGCCGCCCAGACGCCUCGAAGCGAGGACGCCAGGUCGCCUCCGUCUCAGAAACGCAGGGGCGAGGACUCCACCUCCACCGGAGAGCUGCAGCCCCUGCCCACCUCGCCGGGAGCGGACGCGCAGAGCCCAGCUGCGCAGGACGCCUUGUUCUCCAGCCCUCCCCAGAUGCGCCCCUCAGCUAUUCCUCUUGACUUUGAUGUUAGUUCACCGCUGACCUAUGGCACUCCCAGCUCUAGGGCAGAGGGCACCCCGAGGAGUGGUGUUAGGGGCACGCCUGUGAGGCAGAGGCCUGACCUGGGCUCUGUGCGGAAGAGCCUGCAGGUGGAUCUGCAGUCUGAUGGGGCAGUAGCAGAAGACAUAGUGGCCAGUGAGCAGUCUCUAGGCCAAAAACUUGUGAUCUGGGGAACGGAUGUAAAUGUGGCAACAUGCAAAGAAAAUUUUCAGAGAUUUCUUCAGCGUUUCACUGACCCUCUGGCCAAGGAAGAAGAGAAUGUUGGCAUAGACCUCACUGAACCACUGUACAUGCAACGACUCGGGGAGAUUAAUGUUAUUGGAGAGCCAUUUUUAAAUGUAAACUGUGAACACAUAAAAUCAUUUGACAAAAAUUUGUACAGACAGCUCGUCUCCUAUCCGCAGGAAGUUAUCCCAACUUUUGAUAUGGCUGUCAAUGAAAUCUUCUUUGAGCAUUAUCCUGACUCAAUUUUAGAACAUCAGAUUCAAGUAAGACCAUUUAAUGCAUUGAAGACAAAGAAUAUGAGAAACCUAAAUCCAGAAGACAUCGACCAGCUCAUCACCAUCAGCGGCAUGGUAAUCAGGACGUCCCAGCUGAUCCCCGAGAUGCAGGAGGCCUUCUUCCAGUGCCAGGUGUGUGCCCACACCACCCGCGUGGAGAUCGACCGCGGCCGUAUUGCCGAGCCCAGCGCGUGCGGGCACUGCCACACCACCCACAGCAUGGCACUCAUCCACAACCGCUCCCUCUUCUCCGACAAGCAGAUGAUCAAACUGCAAGAGUCUCCCGAGGACAUGCCUGCAGGGCAGACACCUCACACUGUUGUUCUUUUUGCUCAUAAUGAUCUUGUUGACAAGGUUCAACCUGGGGACAGAGUGAACGUUACAGGCAUCUAUCGGGCAGUGCCUAUUCGAGUCAAUCCCAGAGUGAGUAACGUGAAGUCCGUCUAUAAAACCCACAUUGAUGUCAUUCAUUACCGGAAAACGGAUGCAAAACGUUUGCAUGGCCUUGAUGAAGAAGCAGAACAGAAACUUUUUUCAGAGAAACGUGUGGAAUUGCUUAAGGAACUUUCCAGGAAGCCAGACAUUUAUGAGAGACUUGCUUCAGCCUUGGCGCCAAGCAUUUAUGAACAUGAAGAUAUAAAGAAGGGAAUCUUGCUUCAGCUCUUCGGCGGAACAAGGAAGGAUUUUAGUCACACGGGAAGGGGGAAAUUCCGUGCUGAGAUCAACAUUCUGCUGUGUGGCGACCCGGGCACCAGCAAGUCCCAGCUGCUGCAGUAUGUGUACAACCUGGUGCCCAGGGGCCAGUACACUUCUGGGAAGGGCUCCAGCGCAGUCGGCCUCACUGCGUAUGUGAUGAAAGACCCUGAGACAAGGCAGCUGGUCCUGCAGACAGGGGCCCUUGUCCUGAGUGACAACGGUAUCUGCUGUAUCGAUGAGUUCGACAAGAUGAAUGAAAGCACGAGGUCUGUGCUGCACGAAGUGAUGGAGCAGCAGACUCUGUCCAUCGCAAAGGCCGGGAUCAUCUGUCAGCUCAAUGCACGCACCUCUGUCCUGGCAGCAGCUAAUCCCAUCGAGUCUCAGUGGAACCCUAAAAAAACUACCAUUGAAAACAUCCAGCUGCCUCAUACAUUAUUAUCAAGGUUUGAUUUGAUCUUCCUCAUGCUGGACCCUCAGGACGAAGCCUACGACAGGCGUCUGGCUCACCACCUGGUGGCACUGUACUACCAGAGCGAGGAGCAGGCGGAGGAGGCGCUGCUGGACAUGGCAGUGCUGAAGGACUACAUUGCCUAUGCACACAGCACCGCCGUGCCCCGGCUGAGCGAGGAGGCCGGCCAGGCUCUCAUCGAGGCUUAUGUAGACAUGAGGAAGAUCGGCAGUAGCCGAGGGAUGGUUUCUGCAUACCCUCGACAGCUAGAAUCGUUGAUCCGCUUAGCAGAAGCCCAUGCUAAAGUGCGAUUCUCAAACAAAGUUGAAGCCAUUGAUGUGGAAGAGGCCAAACGCCUCCACCGGGAGGCUCUGAAGCAGUCUGCCACAGACCCGCGCACCGGCCUCGUGGACAUAUCUAUUCUCACUACAGGGAUGAGUGCCACUUCUCGUAAACGGAAAGAAGAAUUAGCUGAAGCAUUGAAAAAACUUAUUUUAUCUAAAGGCAAAACACCAGCUCUAAAAUACCAGCAGCUUUUUGAAGAUAUUCGGGGACAAUCUGACAUAGCAAUUACCAAAGACAUGUUUGAAGAAGCCCUGCAUGCCUUGGCUGAUGCCGACUUCUUAACAGUGACUGGGAAGACUGUCCGCUUGCUCUGAAGCGCUGUGAGCAGUGCUCCUCUGUGCCCUGCCCAUCGCCCUUGCUCACGCGUGUGCGGCCUGGAGGCCAAGCAGCAGCCAGCACUACCAUUGGUGCAGAUAGAUUCUUAAAGUCAUUGCUGAGCUACAUAAAAAUUUUCUAACCUAGGUUCCAUUUUUGGAGUAAAGUGUGUGUGCUUUCAUUUUUUUACAUUUUAAGUAAAAAUAGUAUGCCAAUUUACAAGCAUACAAUAGAGA